AUGCUGACCACGUGGCCCCGGGGCCGGGCCUCCUGCCUCUCGCCACAGACGCCAGGCGAGUUUCUGCCCCGCCGGGUCUUCUUCCUGACUCCGCAGCGUUUCCUCCUCAGUCCUGAGGGCAGGCCCCCGUGCGGUCAGCGUGCUGAGGGUUUCGCAUCUGACCGGGCAGCUGCGGGGCAAGGGCCGAUCCGCGCACACCGGCUCCGAGAAGAGCAGGGUGACUGCGCACGGGGCGGCAGCCCCCUGGACCACGACCGCCUCCCCCUCUGCCCCCCGACUCCCAUCCCUCGGUGGGAGAGGACGCGGACCGCCCCUUGGAUGCCCGACUGCGCCGGCCCUGGUCCUGAGGACGAGGUCCAGGAGCGGGUCGAUGCCCCCAAGCCCGCGGGGCGACGGGCGUCCCCGGACGGCGGGCCCCGGGCAGCGCGAGGACCAGAGCCCGGCCCCGGCCCCGCGCUGGCGCUGAGCGCUGAGCCUCGGCUCCCCGCCUCCCCGCCACCGGGUUUGACGUCGGAGAAGCAACGCGAACUUCCCUCGCGAGAAGCAAGCGUCAGCGUCUGCCCGCCACCCAGCGGGGAGCCCAGGCGGAACCAGCCCCAAGGACGCAGAGGGAACCGGACCCGCCGCGUCUCGCCGACCACGACGCGCGCUGAGCUGAGCGCGUCUCGGUCCCGAAGCGCCGGAGUCUGCUUCCGGGAGGGAGGCUUGGCCCCGGGCCUGGGCUGCGCCGCACUUUUUAGCAGCACAGCGGGGACCUCCUCCUUCCCCACCACGGGCCUGGAAAUCGGCGCGGCUAAGGGCCGCGAGCUGGAGGCCGCUCCCCUGGCCGGCAGGGAGAACUGCGAGCCACCGUAUACACACCCCCUCCCGCGGCCCCUGCGGUCCCCGGCGGCUCCGGGAUCUGAGCGUCUCCCACCCGGUCCCCAGCGCUCGCCCUCCGGCCUCCCGCUCGCGCCCGACCCGGCCACGAGACAGACCUCGACCGGCGUCUUCGGGGAGCCACCCGCCCGCCUGGGUCCGAAUCCCCACUCCCCCGAGCUCGGGGCCUGA